AUGAUCCAAGAAGCGGAGGUCUCCAUUCGGUCUUUCCGGUCUUUCCGCAACGGCCGCAAACGUGUGGGUGCGGGUGGGAAGUCGGCGACCGGAUCGGCCGGCGGUGGCCCGGCGAUGCUCCGGAGGCCAUUAUCGGCUGCGUCGGCGGGCUGGGGGCUGGCCUGGGGGCGGAGGUGGCCAGUGCGUGCCGCCGCCAAAGCAGCAGCUGCACACACCAGAGCAGAGCACGGCCGUAAUGGCGGCGCCUUCCCGGCAGCAGGGGACGCGUUUAAUGUAGUGGGCGGCGGGGCAGUGGGCGGUGCGGGCGGCGGUCUGCGCGGUGCGGGGGAUGCGGAUCGCAGCCCGGCCGGGAUGAGCCAAGUUGCGCAACUCCAUUACAAGUUGGCCGGCAGCGCGGGCCGCGCAGGCGCAGUGGCACUGCCAGCGCCAGCCACCACAAAGACCACCCCGUGGCGGCCGCUGUCCAUCCGGCGGGCCGGCCGACGCGCGCCGCCGCCGCCGCCGCCGCCGCCGCCGCCGCCCUCUGCUGGCAGCCCCGGGUCGGGGUUCACCGAGCUGAGCUGUGCGGCGCGGCCAAACACGCCGCAGGUGUUUGCGCACCAAGUUACCUGCUGUUUGCUCAUCACCUCAGCUCAGCGCGGCCGUGACCGGCUGGAGCGUCGCCGGCGGCAGCGGCGCUGCUGUGCCGUCGAUGUCUGCGCGCUUCGCUACCCGCCGCCUCCCGGGGCCAGCCGGGCACCUCCGUACCUGUGUGGGAGCUGGAACCACGACUCGGUGCCACCAGUAUCUGUCUGA